UGAAACAUCAUCAAGAGGUGUUCCAUGCAGCGUUGUCGGCUGUGAGGCUGCAUUCAAAAAUUACAACUCAUUGCGAAGCCACAUCACAAGGUGUCAUUCUCCGCUUGCACCUCGUAAUGCAACUAACUUCCAAUCCUGCCGGACAUGCAGUGUUAGUUCCUGCAGUGAAGAGGCUUACAGGUGUCUGUCUGGACGGAACAUUGAGCCUGCCCAAAGAUGUCCUCCUCCUCGUGACAUUCCUAUGUUCAAGCCCCAAAAAUGAUGCUGUGCUCGAGUGGAGCCUCAAAAUCAACAAGGCCGAGGCACAGUUCAAAGAUCAAAACGCAGCAGCAGUCUGCCUCCUCCCAUUGCUUGCAUCCUACUUUCAAGAAAACCUCGGAGAGCUCUUCCAGUUACAUCAGGUGACAACAGAAAUCACAGAGGAGUUUCGUAACAGUCUGCCUGCUUCUCCUGUAAUUGUUGCACUGGGCCGCUCACUUUUCGAAUGCAGCUGCCAGCUGUUUGUGGACCAUGAGGUGAUGGUGGAAGAUGUGGGCUUUCUGCAAGCUGUGGAGCUCCUUUUCGCCCUUUAUUAUUGUUUAAACAUCCAGUAUGCCAAAGGUGCGGGAACCACACUUGAGUUCAUUCAGAGAUACCAGGUUGGUAUCAAACAACAUGAUGGGUCACGACAGGAGGCCGGGAGGUCGAAAGGAGCUCGGGCAAGAGCAAUCAGAGCCGCCACAGAUCUUGCUGCUUUUGAGAAAAAAUGGAACAGUCUCAUCUGAUGAUCGAUCGGAUGCCAUGAAGGUUUCUUUAUAAUUAUGUUCUUUUACGGUUUACAAUAUAGUUCUUCAAUUUCAAAACUGC